ACCUAUGGCGAAUGAUUAAGAAAGGAGAAGAAGACGAGCAGGGAGAUGAUGCCAGUGAUGACGAUGAUGAUGAUGAUAAUGCUGAUGAUGAUGAUGAUGAUGAUGAUGAUGAUGAUGAUGAUGAUGAUGAUGAUGAUGAUGAUGAUGAUGAUGAUGAUGAUGAUGAUGAUGAUGAUGAUGAUGAUGAUGAUGAUGAUGAUGAUGAUGAUGAUGAUGAUGAUGAUGAUGAUGAUGAUGAUGCUGCUGCUGCUGCUGCUGCUGUACCCUGUAGGGAUUAAUGGUUUAGCAACACGCUGCAUCU